AUGAUCGGAGACAGCAACACGCCACUGGAUAUGCCUCCUCCCGGCGAGGACAUGUUGCAGUUUUAUAUGAAGCGCGCAUAUGCACGCACUGAGCCCGCACCUCCUGCAGAACUCACUCCUGUCCAGGGCCUUGACUUUGACGAGAAGUUGAGACUGGAGCGGGCCAUAGCGAAGAGCGAUAAGCUAAUGCACGAUGCCCAGACCCAACUUGAUAGACCUUCUCUUGCGCCAUUCGAACUCACGCCUCUCGAGCAAGCCGAGGAGGACUCUGCAAAGGCCAAGCAAUACAAUCGGAGCCUCAACGACAAGAUCCACAACCACAAGCUCACAAAUAGCACGCACCUCUGUGAGGAGGUAGUUAUCAUAAUAGGUGAGCUUGAGCCCAAGAAGCUCGUCUUCCACUCGAGACUCCCUGUGCGAGCCAAGUCUGUCAGCUCUACUACACUCAGACCUUCGCUCAUACCCAAACUUGCGGACUUGGGGGCUUGCUCUCCAGCAUACGAGAGGAGUAAGAGCUUCUUCACAACAUUGGACAAGUCUCACAAGUGA